AUGGACAGGUCGACAGCGGCGAGGACGGUCGGCUCAGGCGGUGGCGGCGUAAACAAAGGCUGUCAGGAUUUUGGGAAACAUGGUGGAAAAUCCUGUGAGAACAUCAGAGACGACGUAUUAACAACCAAAUAUUUCUUCACAGUCUUCAGAAAACCACCAAAGACUGCUCGACUGACAUCGCCAAUCUCUUUGCCUUCAGGUGAUCCAUCACUGGGUGUCAGUGGGUCAGGUGGUGGAGCUGCACCCGGAGGCUCUGGAGCGACCACAUCCAGCAAGGGAAUCAGCACCACCUCUGUGGGAGCUUCCUCUGCUGCAUCUUCAGGCGGAGGGUCUCUGGUUUCAGAGGCUUGGGAGGCGUCGGGGUCGGGUGAAGAGUUCAGGGCUGCUGCAGGCUCCUCAAACAUGUCCUACAGUGCAGGAAGUGGUGGCAGAGAGGGGGCGAAAAGGGACGGAGGUUUGGGUGCCGUGACAGUUUCCACCGUGAACAAACCCGGCUACAGCUCAGGAAGAUCAGGGGAGGCGAAGAGGGGCUCCUCCUCCUCCUCCGUGUUCACUUCUUCACCUGCUUCAAAGGAGAGGAAGAGCAUCACCACCAUGGCUGCAGCGCUGUCAGAGGCCUUUGACGAAAGCUCCAGUCCAGACUCCUCUCCAGAGUACAACAGGAAGGAUUAUGGAAGUUCAAGCGCACCAUCCACUUCUGUCACUAGAGGAAGAGCUCAGAGCCGAGAGAGUGAGAUCAGAGUCCGGCUGCAGAGUGCUUCUCCUACAGGAAGCUGGACGGAGCUGGACGACGUGAAGCGCCUGCUGAGAGGAAACCGCUCCACCGGCAUCAGCCCCACCCAGUCCCCUAACAACACGCUGCCCAUCCCCAAGAAGGCCAGCGUGGAACCGAGGACCCUGCCUGACAGCUCCGGUGCAGAUCAGUACGGCAGCCUGUGUAGUGGGUCGUCUGUGAGCAGCUACAUGUACAACCACAGCAACAUGAGCAGCCUCUACCAGCCAGGAGUCCAGAACAACCUGACACUCGGCUCUCCGUCUGUGAACGGUGGCCCGUCUCCGGUGCAGAACGGCAGCUCCGCUCCAGUGUACGGCCUGCAGAAUAACCUGACCAGUCCCACUCCCACUGCCCUUUCUCCCACUGCAGCCAACACACACAUAGUUUACGGCGUGCAGAAGAACGUGUCUGGAACGAGCACAGCCGCCGUGAGACCCAGCAGCCCCACCGGUGACGAGGCCUCGGGGAAAGACUUUAAGUUUGUGCUCACGGAGAAGGAGAACGCUCCAAUCAAGCCGACAGAGCGGCUCAUCGUGGCCAAAGACACCGGGAAGCAGUUCAUGUCUGCUACACCUGCCAGUUUACCCGCUUUCUUCUCUGAUGACACCCUGAAGACUGAGAAACUGAAAUCCUUCAGCACAGUGGACAGAGGAACAGAAUGUAGGCGGGAUAACUCCUCGACCCUGAAAGCUGGGACUAAAGACAAAGCCACCUAUGCAGACAUCCAUAUAAAAGACAUAAAACAAUCCAGUUUUGGCUUCUGCUCCUGCUGCAGCUGGUGGCAGUGGCUCCUGGGCCUCCUGCUCAGCCUGUUGCUCCUCUUCAGCGUCCUUUUUGGACUCAUUGCUUUGGGUGAAGAAGUCAGACGCCUGAAAGGCCGCGUGGACGUUCUGGAAGCCAUCACCAGAUCUGCGUCCGUCAGUCACUUGACGUCUUCUGGCAACAAAAUCUCCGAGCGGGUGGAAUCCACAUACAUCGAGAAGAACGCCGCUUCAACCCUCAUCCACUCCGACAACGGGCUCAACCUGGAUGGGGCUCCCACAGGUGGAGGCACGGGAAACAGCCUGGUCCAGGACAGGGCCACCCUGGAAAGACUCAUACAGCAGCUGGUCAGGGAUGAGCUCCGCUCAGGAGCUGUAAGAGAAACUCUGGCACACUCACUGAAAGGAGAGAGAGGAGAGCCGGGACCUAAAGGUGACCCAGGGCCAUUGGGACAAAAAGGUGAUAUGGGAACCUCUGGCCCUCCAGGUCUUCCUGGGCAGAUCGGGCACCCAGGUUUGGAAGGACUAAGGGGACCAAAGGGAAGUGCAGGUGAACCAGGUGCUGAGGGACCACAAGGUCAGAGGGGUCGGGAAGGACCGGUGGGCCCCCGAGGAGAACCUGGAUCACCUGGCUUUGGAGCCAAAGGAGACAGAGGAUUCCAAGGUGAGCCAGGGAGACCGGGUCCCGCUGGUAUUGCUGGACCUGCAGGUCCAAAAGGUGCCACAGGAGAGCCGGGUGCCGCAGGAAGUCCCGGUGCUCCUGGAUCAAAGGGAUUCCAGGGGGAGGCGGGGCCUCCAGGAACCAAAGGGGACCGAGGAACACCUGGGCUCCCGGGAAUCAAAGGAGACCACGGAGAGAGGGGACCACGUGGACCGGCAGGUGAACCCGGACAGCCUGGACCUCAAGGACCUGCAGGAUUAAAGGGAUCUAAAGGAAUUGCAGGUGACCCAGGUUCAGUAGGACUUCCUGGUGCCAGAGGACCACCUGGAGUUCCUGGAGAUGCCGGUCCCCCAGGCCCCCCUGGGUUGCAGGGACCUCCAGGUAUUGCAGGAAUCCCAGGCCAGCCUGGUGGUAAAGGUGAACCAGGAACACCUGGUAAAGUCAUUUCUCCAGUUGGCUCUGAUACUGUGGUCAUCCCUGGACCUCCAGGACCAGCUGGACCUCCAGGUCCUGCUGGACCACCUGGUCUGUCGGGUCCAAUUGGCCCUGCUGGCAUCCCAGGACAACCAGGAUCUAAGGGAGAACGGGGAGAAAAGGGAGAGAGGGGGCAGAAGGGGGAGCCAGCAAAAACAUAUUAUAUUAAUAUGUCCUCUGUGUUUUCUUACCUAGCAGACACUUCCUCAGUGGUUGGAUCCCGUGCUCCACCAGGACCUCCAGGGCCUCCUGGAGUACCUGGUCCUCAGGGUCCUCCUGGUAUCGGUGAACCUGGACCUCCAGGCGAGAAAGGAGCACCUGGGAGCUUUGUGCCGACAUCAGAAACCUUCUUUGCUGGACCACCCGGACCUCCAGGACCCCCGGGGCAGAAAGGGUCACAGGGGUACCAAGGUGAACCAGGACAACCAGGCCUUCCAGGAAGCCCCGGAGACCCAGGUGUUGGUUUCCCAGGUCAGCCUGGACCUCAAGGUCCACCAGGUCCAGACGGGCCACCGGGACCUAAAGGUGAUGUGGGAGAUCCAGGACCUCCAGGAUUUCCAGGAGUCUCCGCAGGUGGUGGCAUCAGAGAGUACUUCGUUGGACCUCCUGGGCCUCCGGGGGCACCAGGCACACCUGGACAUGCAGUGGACGGGCUGGUUGAUGAUGUCGCCAGCAGAGUCAUCGCCUACAUCCACAGUUCAGGCAGAGGUUAUGACGGGACCCCAGGCCCUCCGGGUCCACCUGGUCCACCUGGCUCCGUCUCUCUCAAUGACAUUAUCAGCCUAUUACAGAGAGAGGACGUGAGGCGAUACAUUGCUGGUCCUCCGGGUCCACAGGGACCUCCAGGAGCUCCAGGCUAUGGCAGCUACAGCUUUAACACACAGGAGGUGGCUGAACGUGUCCUUAGUUUGAUGUCUGAGAGGGAGGCACUUGGUGUCCCUGGACCUCCUGGACCUCCCGGACCACCUGGAGCUCCUGGUUUUCCUGGAAACUUUUUACCAGAUGGGUAUCAAACUUUAGUUGGCCCUCAGGGGCCUCCUGGUCCCCCGGGUAUCCCUGGCCCACAAGGUCCACCUGGCCCAGAAGGACCACCUGGACCACCUGGAUUUUUUAACUACAUCAGCUCAGACAUUCGUGACUACCUGCAAAAUGUUGCUUUCAAAGGUCCUCCAGGCCCACCCGGACCCCCUGGACCUGAGGGACCCCCUGGACCAAUCAGUGGGUUGGUUACUUUUGCUGACCAUCUCAACAGAGACACACUCAAAGCUGAACUACAAGAAUAUCGUUUUCCACCAGGCGAUGAUGCGAGUGCCGCCAUGUUUGGAAUUCCUGGUCCACCAGGUCCUCCUGGACCCCCAGGACACAAGGGAGAGCCAGGUUUGCCUGAUGACUACUCCAGUAUGGCUCUCAAAGUAACUGAUUACAUCAAAUCUCAUGGUGUAGUGCGGGACAUUAUGAGGGAGUACAGACAUGUCUUUCAAGGCCCUCCAGGGCCCCCAGGACCCCCAGGUCAUCCAGGAUACAGCCACUGGCUUGAUUCCCAUGGUAACGCCACAGAUCUGGUGGAAUACAUCAAAUCUCGUGGUCUCCUCCGUGACACUGAACGUGUCAUCCAGGGACCCCCAGGGCCACCGGGACCUCAGGGUCCACCAGGAUACAGCAGACUGUUUGGUUCUGACACCAACGUUUCUGAUUUAGUGGAAUACAUAAAAACUCAUGGAGCCAUCGUGGGACCACCUGGGAGACCAGGCCAGAAGGGGGAGAGGGGAUUUCCAGGACUGAAAGGAGAGAGAGGUGAGCAAGGCCUUCCUGGACAUGAAGUGUACAGAGGCCCAAAAGGGGACAGAGAAUUCACAAUGACGAGUAAAAGGAGGAAGAGGAAUGCUGGUGUUUGAGCUGCUGAAAGUAGUUUCCUGUUUCGCUGGUGUUUUAACUGUAAAUGUGUUUUGAACAUGAAACACAUGAAAUCAGGGACGUCGUAUUGAA